AUCAAGCUUGGCUCUCUACUCGAUCUUUCAUCACAACACAACACAAGCAAACGGAACGAGUACUGACCCUUCUGGUAUCGUAUUGCGCUCUAUUUUAUGGGAAACUCAGUGUCCAUGUUUGGUCAUGGUCUUCGUUUUCCUUCUCUUCCCUUUUCCGACGACAUGUUUUCCGGUCUUAUACCGGGUCUCAACUCCGUCAACUCGCCGGAAGACGAACUUUCCGGUCAAAUUCCUCCAACUUUGACAACUCUUCUCCAUCUACCAACCCAUUUUCUUCGUCUCUUCACCCACGGCAUCGCUUUUCUGCGCCGAGACCGCUCCGAUUUCGGCACUUUCGUCCUCUGGUCCGGUCUAGUCACAUCCGUCGCUUUAAUUGCUUGGUCCCAUAACUCUCAGGAGGACGAGGACGAGGACGAGGACGGCGGUGAUACUGUUGCACCGCCGGAAUUUGACGCGGUGGUGUUGGGCUCCACGCGUCGCUUCGAAGAUGUGCUUUACAAAGCAAAUGGAAGUGAGAUUGCCUCAGAAUCAGAUGUGCUGUAUGCAGAAGAGUUGCAGAUGCAAGAAGUCAUGUUGGCUUCCCUACUCCCUUCUCGAAUAUCAAACAAUGCAAUGUCGCCAGCCAUCCAAACUAGUCCAACAUCAAAUGCCGAGCCAUCCCAGUUCUCCUGCGGUAUUUGCUUUGAGGAGAUAGAAAGUUGGCGAAAGUUCAGAAACCAAACUUGCUCUCACUCCUUCUGUUAUGAUUGCACAAGUAAACACAUUACAGCAAAGAUCCAAGACAACGUAAAAAUAAUUUUGUGCCCUGAAGUAGAUUGCAGAGCUCCGUUAGAUUUCAACACUUGCAGACAGAUCAUCCCAAACGACAUCCUUGUCAAGUGGGAUGAGUCCCUGUGCAAGUCACUGAUUCCCGAAUCCCAAACAGUGUACUGCCCUUUUAUGGACUGUUUGGCCAUGUUGGUUAAUGAUUCCGGGGAGGUCAUAAAGAAGAUAGAGUGCCCUGCAUGCUGGAGAUCAAUCUGUGCAAGGUGUGGUGUUCCAUGGCAUUUGGAAUUUACAUGCGAGGAGUUUGAGAGACUGAAUGCGAAGAAGAAAAAGGGGAAAGAUGAUGAUGGGUUGGUGAAGGAACUUGCUAAGAAGAAGAGCUGGAGGAAAUGCCCAAAUUGCAAAAUCUAUGUGGAAAAAACUGAGGGUUGUUUGCACAUUACUUGCAGGUGUGGAUACGAGUUUUGCUAUCGAUGUGGAUCAAAGUGGGGCAAGUAUCACGGCGGCUGCAGCCUACAAGCAUGACUGCCGGGGGGAGAUCAUAUAGAGAAAGUGAAGGAGAAAGGGUGGGUUAUAACACACCAGAACAGUAAUAUAAUGGUCCAAACAGGUACAGCUUUCUAAGUGUUUUGUAUAGCUUUUACUAACAACUUGGGAGGUAAAAAUAAUUAUUUAAGUUUAAAAAUGCUAAUUAUUAGCAAGUUAGAGAAUAAAUAUUUUUAGCUUUUUUUUU